AAAUCUGAAAUAAAUAAAUCUUUAAUGUAUUCAGGAUUACUUGUUUUGAACACAUUUAUAAGAGCACUUGGAUCGUGCCAUAUAUUGAAAGCUCGACAACUUUUGGGAAUGCAAGUUCGAAUUGCAUGUUGUUCAUUAAUUUAUCGAAAGCUUUUACGCCUAAAGAUAUCAUCAUUAUCACAAACAUCAAAUGGACAAAUAAUUAAUUUACUAUCAAAUGAUGUGAAUCGAUUUGAUAGAUUUUUUGUGUUUGUACAUUUCAUUUUAGUGUCACCAAUACAAUUCAUGAUAAUUUCGUAUUUUUUGUGGCAAAGUGUACAAAUUUCAAGCUUAAUUGGAAUCGCUGUUCUUGCAUUAAUGACACUUCCUGUACAAGCUUGUAUAGGAAAUUUAAAUGGAUCUUUUCGCAAAAAAAUUUCAAAAUUAACAGAUAGAAGAGUAUUAUUAAUGAAUGAAAUUAUUUCUGGAAUUCAAGUAAUAAAAAUGUAUGCAUGGGAGAAACCCUUUGAAAAUUUUGUUCGAAUUGCUCGUAUUAAAGAAAUCAAUGUUCUAAAAUAUAGUAAUUAUUUAAAAGGUUACAGUUCCGCAAGUAUGAACUACACGGAACGUUUACCAAUGUUUGUGACUGCAAUUACAUAUGCAUUACUAGGAAAUGUAAUUACAUCUGAAAAAUUAUUUUCAAUGACACAAUAUUUUAGUAUAGUACAAACGGGAAUGUCUUUUAAUUUUGCGAAUGCUAUAUUACUGACAUCAGAAACAUUAAUUACAAUCAAACGAAUAAAAACAUUUCUACUUCUGGAAGAAAUCGAUUCUAUUGAUAAUGAAACAAAUAAUUCGAAUUCGGCAAUAAAUGGUGAAAUUCAAAUCACAAAUUAUUAUGCAUCAUGGAUACCAGAUCAAAAAAUAUUACAGAAUAUUACAACAGUUAUACACAGCGGCGAAAUUUGUUCAAUAAUCGGUCCAGUAGGUUCAGGGAAAAGUUCCUUUUUGAAUGCAGUUCUAUCAGAAAUGCAUACAGAUGGCGGGAAAUUAACUAUCAGCGGAACAGUGUCAUAUAGUUCUCAGGAUCCAUGGCUGUUUAGUGGUUCCAUAAGAAAUAAUAUUUUAUUUGGAUUGUCUUAUAACGAAGAUAAAUAUAAAGACGUUAUCGAAGUGUGCUCCUUAACAAAAGAUCUUUUACAAUUUCCAUAUGGAGACCAAACUAUUGUAGGUGAUAAAGGUGCAUCGUUAAGUGGUGGACAAAGAGCUCGUAUUAAUUUAGCAAGAGCAAUCUAUCGUGAUGCUGAUAUUUAUUUAUUGGACGAUCCAUUAUCUGCUGUGGAUGUUAAUGUUGGAAAACAUAUAUUUCAUGAAUGUAUUGAAAAAUAUUUAAAAGGAAAAACUAGAAUUUUGGUGACUCAUCAAAUACAACAUUUACAAAAUGUUAACCAUAUUAUUGCUUUACAAGAUGGUGAAAUAAAAUCAGAAGGUACUUAUGACGAAUUAAUUAAUUAUAAUGCCGAAUUUAAACAUUAUUUAAAUAAGGAAAUUUGUUUACGAGAUGAAAAAUCUUGUCUAUCUUAUAAAGAUCAAGAACUGGAACAAGAUACAAUAGCAGAUACCUCUCUUACAUCCUAUAUAACAAAUCAAAAUGAUCCCAAAAAAAUUGAAAAUGAGAAAGUUGAAACUGGAAAAUUGGAAUUUAAAUUAUUUCUCUACUAUAUAAAAGCGGCUGGAAACAUGUUUGAAAUUAUGCUCUUUUUAAUUUUAAUGGUUGGAAAUCAAAUAUUUUGUAAUUCAACAGAUUUCUGGAUGUCCUAUUGGUCCAAUCUAGAGGACAAACAAAUAUUCUCUGACAAGACUAAAGUAAUACUUUUAAACGAAUUUGGUGAUAAGGAUUUAAAUAAAGUGGAAUAUGUGAAGCAAGAAAAUGUUUUAACACGUACAGAAGUUAUGUACGUUUAUGCUUUACUUAUAUUAUUCGUUAUUUUAACAUCCAUAAGCAAAGCUUUAUAUUUUUAUAAAUUAUGUAUGCGAGCUUCAAUAAAUUUACAUAACAAAAUGUUUCAUUCAUUACUGAAAGCUCCAAUGCGAUUUUUUGAUAAGAAUUCAAUUGGUCGUAUUUUGAAUAGAUUUACAAAAGAUAUGGGCGCAGCUGAUGAACUAUUACCUUCUGCAUUAGUACAAGGUGCUCAGAUUUCAACCACUGUCCUUGGAAGUGCGAUAUUGAUAUCAAUAUUAAAUCCAUAUUUAAUAUUGCCAACAUUGCUAUUAAUAUUUUUAUUUCUAAAAGUACAGUCUAUAUAUCUGGCAACAGCACAAGAUAUUCAACGUUUAGAAGGAAUCACAAGGAGUCCCGUAUUUUCACAUACAAGUUCAUCUUUGUCUGGCCUUGUGACGAUCCGUGCAUGUAAAGCAGAAAAAGUAUUGAAAACGGAGUUCGAUAAACAUCAAGAUUUACAUACAUCUGCUUGGUAUUUAACAUUACUUUGUGGACUAUCGUUGGGAUUAUGUGUUGAUUUAAUUUGUGUUAUUUAUAUAACAAUUGUGACAUCAAGUUUCUCAAUUGUUGGUAACUCUGUUUUUUCAGGAAGUGAAGUAGGCCUGGCACUAACGAAAGCAUUGACGUUAUUAUUUAUUGUACAAUAUGGAAUUAGACAAUUAUCUGAAAUAAUUUGUCAAAUGACCAGCGUGGAACGUAUUUUACAAUACACGAAAAUAGAGACAGAAGGGCCUUUCGAAACUGCUAAGGAUAUUUUACCAAAAAAAUGGCCAAUUGAUGGUGCAAUUCAUUUUAAAAAUGUUUUUAUGAAAUAUGAUACAGAUCAACCAAGUAUUCUGAAAAAUUUAAAUGUGGAAAUACAAUCAGGAGAAAAAAUCGGUGUUGUUGGCAGAACAGGAGCUGGAAAAUCAUCAUUAAUAUCAUCAUUAUUUCGAUUAUCGAUUAUCGAUGGUGAUAUUAUUAUCGACGAUGUUAAUAUUCAAUUACUUGGAUUAAAAGAUUUAAGAUCAAGCAUAGCAAUAAUUCCGCAGCAACCAGUAUUAUUUAGUGCAACGAUGCGUUUUAAUUUAGAUCCCUUUGAAAAAUUCGAAGAUCAUACUUUAUGGAAUGUUUUGGAAGACGUUAAAUUAAAACACUGUAUCACUAGCUUAGACUUUGAAAUACAAAGUGGUGGCACUAAUUUUAGUAUUGGUCAACGCCAAUUGAUAUGUUUAGCUCGUGCAAUUUUGAAGCAAAAUAAAAUAUUAGUUUUGGAUGAAGCUACAGCUAAUGUGGAUCAACUUACUGAUGCAUUAAUUCAACAAACGAUUCGUGAAAAGUUCAGAACAUGUACUGUAAUAACCAUCGCUCAUCGUUUAAACACAAUCAUGGACUCAGAUAAAGUUUUGGUGAUGGAUGCAGGACAAAUGGUUGAUUUUGAUCAUCCACGUAAAUUAUUAGAAAAUAAAAACGGCAUAUUUUAUAAACUAUAUCAAGAAAGUAAUUCUUUAGAUGUGCAAAAUAAGAAAAACUCCUAA